AAAUACCGUGUAUCUUCUUCACUUUUUUUUUGCCAAACAAAAAUCAGAUAAAAUUUAAACGAACAAAAUACGUUAAGAGUGUUAAUACAUCGGUGGUUCCGGCUGUUGUAUAUUUAAGGAUUUAAAACAAAACAUAAAACGCUCAAAGUUCGUCCACAGCAUCUCAACGCUGGUGUUGUCCCCCACCAAAAGAGUGGUCAUAAUGAGGCCAUCUUUAGUUUUUAUAAAAUGUCUAGCCCUGGUGUUUACGGCAUCUUUGGCUGAUGGUGCUCGAGGAAAUGACCUGAUUACUGUUUCUGGUGGAUUUUCGGGGAAUAGAGCAAAUGAAAUUGUCCCAUCGGGAGGAGGACGAGGUCAUGUCCAUGUGGAAAUGAUCGAUGUUAAAUGUGAUGCUGGAGAUGAUAUGCUUGUGACAAUACAAUUCGAAGAACCAUUCAAUGGCAUUAUUUAUAGUCAGAGCUACUUCAACGAUCCGAAAUGCAGAUAUGUGGAAGCUGGAAGUAAUAAGAACGCUUACACAUUCAAAGUUCCCGUAAAUGGUUGCGGCAGUCGACCUUCUUGUACAAUUUGUGCAUCUGUGGAUAAUAUUUUAGUUAUUCAAUCGGAUGAGAGUGUUCAAGAAGUUUGGGAUACAGCUAGGAGAAUUACGUGUAGUAGGAGUGGAGAGCAGGAGAAGACAGUUAUCUUUAAGCCAUUUGUUGUAGAGAUGCUUGAAGUUAUCCAAGUUCCGACAAAAUCGGGUGGGGUUGAAUGCUGGAUGGAUAUACUUAAGGGUGAUUAUCCAAAUAACUCACCGAUCAAUGGAAUUGUUAAAAUAGGUGAGCACAUAACAAUUUUGAUCUACUUGAAGGAUUCAAGUAGAGAGUAUGACAUUGUUGUGAGAGAUUGCUAUGCAUUCGAUAGUGAAGACUAUCAGGCAAAAACCACGAGCAGACUUCAACUUUCCGACAAAAAUGGCUGUUCGAAGAAACCCAAACUGUUUGGAGGUUGGAUAAAGAGUGAUAAACCAAAUAAGGAUGGAGCAACGACAGUGGUCUACAACACAUUGAACGCCUUUAAGUUUCCUGACAGGACACAGGUUUUCUUGAAAUGUGACAUAGAGCUUUGUAAUGGGAAAUGCGAUGAGCCCGUUUGUGACGGAUCUACAUUGCCACCGGAUACGGAUAAUGAAAUAUCAAUUAGAAAAACUACUGUUUCACCCUCGCAAUGUUAUCCAGGAUCGACAGAUCCCCGAUGCUCACAAACAGCAAGACCUAGUACUACUGGGCCACAAUGUUACCCGGGGUCAACUGAUCCAAGAUGUUCACAAAUAACAACAUAUCGUCCGAGGAUAACGACUUUAAAACCAACAUAUCUUCCUCCUGAUACUGAUGUAAAGAUAACAACUUUAAGAUCUCGUUGUUUCCCCGGUUCCAAGGAUCCGAACUGUGCACAAACAACACCGAUUCCAAUUCAAACUACAACCACAGAACCUAACUGUUAUCCAGGAUCGCAAGAUCCAAAUUGUGGUCCAGAUUGUUACCCUGGUUCAACAGAUCGCAGAUGCCCUCAACCAACUAAACCGAGAAUUACUGCACCGCCAAUAGUUCGACAAACUACAAGACAGCCGACAGUGAUAACAACGCCCGAUUCAAGGCCAAUAACAACAGCAAGACCACGGUCACAAAUAACAACUCAGGGACCAACAACCAUAUCUGAGCCUGAUUGCUUCCCUGGGUCACGGGAUCCAAGGUGUCCCAAAGUAACAACUGCAGCUCCCCGAGUACGUUGCUUCCCCGGCUCUACAGAUCCUAGUUGUCCACAAACAACAUAUACAACAAGGAAACCAGAAAUAACUGAAAAACCUGCUCCAAAAUGCUAUCCAGGAUCCACAGAUCCAAGAUGCCCCAAGGUUACAACACCUGCACCAGAACCAAGGUGUUUCCCAGGAUCCACUGAUCCUAGAUGUCCACAAACAACAACAGCUCCAAAAUGCUAUCCUGGAUCUCAAGACCCAAAUUGUCCCAAGUCAACCUCUGCACAGCCAAAUUGUUAUCCUGGUUCAUCUGAUCCGAGGUGUCCUAGACCACCGAUACCUUCAAAACAACCUUCUACUUAUUUGCCACCACCAACUGGUGCUCCUAAAUGCUAUCCCGGAUCUAACGAUCAUCGUUGUCCCCAAAUUACUUCUCCAAUUCCAUCCACAACUUCAAGAUGUUAUCCAGGAUCCACAGAUCCCAGAUGUCCUCAGACUACAACACCUGCACCAAAACCACGUUGUUUCCCAGGCUCUACUGAUCCUAGGUGUCCACAGACGACAGCAGUUCCAAAGUGCUAUCCGGGAUCCACAGAUCCAAGAUGCCCACAGGUAACAACAACCGCACCAGAACCACGGUGUUUCCCAGGAUCUACAGAUCCUAGAUGUCCACAAACAACAACAGCACCAAAAUGCUAUCCAGGAUCCACAGACCCAAGAUGUCCCAAGGUAACAACACCUGCACCAGAACCACGGUGUUUCCCAGGAUCCACUGAUCCUAGAUGUCCACAAACAACAGCAGCUCCAAAAUGCUAUCCUGGUUCCAAUGACCCAACAUGUUCUCAGAAAACUUCGCCACCAUCCAAAUGUUAUCCUGGCUCACCUGAUCCUCAAUGCCCUAAGCCACAAAAACCACCAAAGCAACCAGUUACUUAUUUACCACCCACGAAGGGUCUCGCAAAGUGCUAUCCUGGAUCCACAGAUCCUCAAUGUCCUCAAACAACAAAACCAACCUCUGGUUCGCGUUGUUUCCCGGGAUCUACAGAUCCUAGAUGCCCGCAAACAACAACAGCACCAAAAUGCUAUCCAGGAUCCACAGACCCAAGAUGCCCCAAGGUUACAACACCCGCACCAGAACCAAGGUGUUUCCCAGGAUCCACUGAUCCUAGAUGUCCACAAACGACGACAGCUCCAAAAUGCUAUCCAGGAUCCACAGACCCAAGAUGUUCCAAGGUAGCAACACCUGCACCAGAACCACGGUGUUUCCCGGGAUCCACAGAUCCUAGAUGUCCACAAACAACAACAGCACCAAAAUGCUAUCCAGGAUCCACCGACCCAAGAUGUCCCAAGGUAACAACACCUGCUUCAGAACCAAGGUGUUUCCCGGGAUCCACUGAUCCUAGAUGUCCUCAAACAACAACAGCUCCAAAGUGCUAUCCAGGAUCCACCGACCCAAGAUGUCCCAAGGUAACAACACCUGCACCAGAACCAAGGUGUUUCCCGGGAUCCACAGAUCCUAGAUGUCCACAAACAACAACAGCACCAAAAUGCUAUCCAGGAUCCACCGACCCAAGAUGUUCCAAGGUAACAACACCUGCACCAGAACCACGGUGUUUCCCGGGAUCCACAGAUCCUAGAUGUCCACAAACAACAACAGCACCAAAAUGCUAUCCAGGAUCCACCGACCCAAGAUGUCCCAAGGUAACAACACCUUCACCAGAACCAAGGUGUUUCCCGGGAUCCACAGAUCCUAGAUGUCCACAAACAACAACAGCACCAAAAUGCUAUCCAGGAUCCACCGACCCAAGAUGUCCCAAGGUAACAACACCUGCACCAGAACCAAGGUGUUUCCCGGGAUCCACUGAUCCUAGAUGUCCUAAAACAACAACAGCUCCAAAGUGCUAUCCUGGAUCUCAAGACCCAAAUUGUCCAAAGUCAACCACUGCACAACCAAAUUGUUACCCUGGUUCACCUGAUCCUAAGUGUCCUAGACCAUCGAUACCUUCAAAACAACCUUCUACUUACUUGCCACCACCAACCGGUCCAAAAGUUACUACCACAUUACGACCCCGAUGUUUCCCAGGAUCCACAGACCCAAGAUGUCCCAAGGUUACAACACCUGCACCAGAACCACAGUGUGUCCCGAGAUCCACAGAUCCUAGAUGUCCACAAACAACAACAGCACCAAAAUGCUAUCCGGGAUCCACAGACCCAAGAUGUCCAAAGGUAACAACACCUGCACCAGAACCAAAGUGUUUCCCAGGAUCCACAGAUCCUAGAUGUCCACAAACAACAACAGCACCAAAAUGCUAUCCAGGAUCCACAGACCCAAGAUGUCCCAAGGUAACAACACCUGCACCCGAACCACGGUGUUACCCAGGAUCUAAAGAUCCUAGAUGUCCACAAACGACAGCAGCUCCAAAGUGCUAUCCUGGGUCUCAAGACCCAAAUUGUCCAAAGUCAACCACCGCGCAACCAAGUUGUUACCCUGGUUCACCUGAUCCAAAGUGUCCUAGGCCACCUAUAAUAUCAAAACAACCUUCUACUUAUUUGCCACCAACAACUGGUGCACCUAAAUGCUAUCCCGGAUCUACCGAUCCACGUUGUCCCCAAAUUACUUCUCCAAUUCCAUCCACAACUUCAAGAUGUUAUCCAGGAUCGACAGAUCCCAGAUGUCCUCAGACUACAACACCUGAACCAAAACCACGUUGUUUCCCAGGCUCUACUGAUCCUAGAUGUCCACAAACGACAGCAGUUCCAAAGUGCUAUCCGGGAUCCACAGAUCCAAGAUGCCCGCAGGUUACAACACCCGCACCAGAACCAAGGUGUUUCCCAGGAUCCACUGAUUCUAGAUGUCCACAAACGACAGCAGCUCCUAAAUGCUAUCCAGGAUCCACAGAUCCAAGAUGUCCCAAGGUAACAACACCUGCACCAGAACCACGGUGUUUCCCGGGAUCUACCGAUCCAAGAUGUCCUCAAACAACAACAGCUCCAAAAUGCUAUCCUGGAUCCACAGACCCAAAUUGUCCAAAGUCAACCACUGCACAACCAAAUUGUUACCCUGGUUCACCUGAUCCGAAGUGUCCUAGACCACCGAUACCUUCAAAACAACCUUCUACUUAUUUGCCACCACCAACUGGUGCUCCUAAAUGCUAUCCCGGAUCUAACGAUCCUCGUUGUCCCCAAAUUACUUCUCCAAUUCCAUCCACAACUUCAAGGUGUUAUCCAGGAUCCACAGAUCCAAGAUGCCCACAGGUUACAACACCCGCACCAAAACCACGGUGUUUCCCAGGAUCCACUGAUCCUAGAUGUCCACAAACAACAACACCUCUAAAAUGUUAUCCAGGAUCCACCGACCCAGGAUGCCCCAAGGUUACAACACCUGCACCAGAACCACAGUGCUUCCCAGGAUCCACUGAUUCUAGAUGUCCACAAACAACAGCAGCUCCUAAAUGCUAUCCAGGAUCCACAGAUCCAAGAUGUCCCAAAGUUACAACACCUGCACCCGAACCACGGUGUUACCCAGGAUCUACCGAUCCAAGAUGUCCUCAAACAACAACAGCUCCAAAAUGCUAUCCAGGAUCCACAGACCCAAAUUGUCCAAAGUCAACCACUGCACAACCAAAUUGUUACCCUGGUUCACCUGAUCCUAAGUGUCCUAGACCACCGAUACCAUCAAAACAACCUUCUACUUAUUUGCCACCAACAACUAGUGCUCCUAAAUGCUAUCCCGGAUCUAACGAUCAACGUUGUCCCCAAAUAACUUCUCCAAUUCCAUCCACAACUUCAAGGUGUUAUCCAGGAUCCACAGAUCCCAGAUGUCCGCAGACUACAACACCUGCACCAAAACCACGUUGUUUCCCAGGAUCUACUGAUCCUAGGUGUCCACAAACGACAGCAGCUCCAAAGUGCUAUCCGGGAUCCACAGAUCCAAGAUGCCCGCAGGUUACAACACCCGCACCAGAACCAAGGUGUUUCCCAGGAUCCACUGAUCCUAGAUGUCCACAAACAACAACACCUCUUAAAUGUUAUCCGGGAUCCACCGACCCAGGAUGCCCCAAAGUUACAACACCUGCACCAGAACCAAGGUGUUUCCCAGGAUCCACUGAUCCCAGAUGCCCACAAACGACAGCAGCUCCAAAAUGCUAUCCAGGAUCCACAGAUCCAAGAUGUCCCAAGGUUACAACACCUGCACCCGAACCACGGUGUUACCCAGGAUCUACCGAUCCUAGAUGUCCUCAAACAACAACAGCUCCAAAAUGCUAUCCUGGAUCCACAGACCCAAAUUGUCCAAAGUCAACCACUGCACAACCAAAUUGUUACCCUGGUUCACCUGAUCCAAAGUGUCCUAGGCCACCUAUACCAUCAAAACAACCUUCUACUUAUUUGCCACCACCAACUGGUGCUCCUAAAUGCUAUCCCGGAUCUACCGAUCCACGUUGUCCCCAAAUUACUUCUCCAAUUCCAUCCACAACUCCAAGGUGUUAUCCAGGAUCCACAGAUCCCAGAUGUCCUCAGACUACAACACCUGCACCAAAACCACGUUGUUUCCCAGGAUCGACUGAUCCUAAAUGUCCACAAACGACAGCAGCUCCAAAAUGUUAUCCAGGUUCUCAAGACCAAAGGUGCCCCAAAACAAUCACAACACAAAAACCAACUACCUUAACAGAACCUCGAUGUUAUCCAGGUUCAAGUGAUCCACGGUGUCCUCAAAUUACUCCAACAUUGCCUUCGGUCACCGAUGCACCAAAAUGCUACCCGGGAUCACCCGACAUAAGAUGUGGCGAAUCACUCAAAACCACAACCCCAUCAUACUGUUUCCCUGGCUCAUUAGAUCCCCGAUGCCCCGACACUGGUUACAAAGGAACAAGUCGUGUUCCAGCCACAUAUUUGCCUCCUUUCGAAAAUCCCGGUCAUGAUAGAACCGUUCGCAAAGCUAAACAAAAUUCUUUAUUUGAUGAAAUCAAUGGACUUUCAUUCAGUGCCAAUAAUAUUUUUGAAGAAGAUGUAGAUUCAGCUUUUGAUGAUGAUGCUGAUGAUAUCUCAAGAAGCAAGCGGGACGUUGCAAAUCUAAGUGCCAGCAUGGAAGACAACGAUCUCAAUCCACUCACUCUUAACACUGAGUCUGAUCUACUCGAUCGAAAAAUACUCAAACGUAGCAGCAGUCCCCCACAAAAAGAGAUUAUUUCCAUCACAUUAAAUCUACGAGGACUUAAUUUCGUUAAUGCCUAGGUAGGUAUAUAAGAAACACACGCCGUAUGUAUGCAUGUACAUAGUUCCUUAAAAAAAUAUAUAUAAAUGUAUUUGAAAAAAAAAAAAAAAUAUUUUGUAAAAAAAAAUUAAUUUAAAAUUAAGGAAAAACACUUGCUUUCGACAAUCUAGUAUCAAUUUUUCGAAUAAUAUAAUCGAAGAACCUUUACUGAGGUUCAAAACUAGUUAAAUACUAAUAAAUGUAUAUAAAUACUCAUUUAUCUUAUUAAUUUUAUACUUAAACAAAAAUAAAAAUAGCAAAUGAAAAUAUAAAAAAAAAAAAAAUAUGUAAAAGAUAAAAUACUGCUUAUAAUAAGCUUGU